AUGUACGCCCCGAUGUGGGUGAUACGCGUCCAAGACGUGCUCAAGAUGACUGGCAGGUUUCCUCCGCACCAGGAGUUGAAGCAGCAGGGUCUUCUGCGGGUGCGUGAGCGCAUGAACCCAUGGUCUUGGGCAAUCUUUGUGUCACACCAGUGGCUAGGCCGGAACCACCCAGACCCGAAUGGAGAACAGCUGAAAGUUCUGCAAGACGUUCUGCGGAACCUGAUCUCCAGGAAGACCCAGGUCGAACACAACACGACAGCACAAUUCUACCUCAAAGGUCGCAGCUUGACAAAAGCGGAGUGCAGUGACCUCCAGAAUGCUUUCGUUUGGUUGGACUACUGCUGUGUACCUCAGAUGAUUCACUCUGCUGUUGCUUCGCGUGAGGAGCAGCUUCAACAUAUAUUUUCCAUCCCCUACUAUGUCGAUGCCUGCCAGGUUUUCGUGGCGUUGGUGCCAAGGUGUUAUCAUGAGACCGGGGAGCCUUGCGGAGAAGCCACCUGGAUUCAGCGCGGGUGGUGCAGGACCGAAAUGUGGUGCAAGCUUCUAUCUGAAGCCUCGGAUAUUCCCAUCGUUCUGGUCACUUCAGGCGAUUCUGCCGAGUUUGCGACGCCCAGGUGGACACUGAACACAAUCCACUCCGGUCAAUUUGCUGUGGAAGAAGACCGCCAUGCAUGUGGCCGGGUGGUGCAGACGGCAUUGCAGCACAAGAUGUCUCUGUUGAGGCGCCGAGGCGACAUGGAUCGCUUCAGGCUGUUCCUGGCACUCUUUGAGGACCUCCUGGGCCUCCCCGCCCGGCAGCGGAGCUUGCAGGAGUUCUUGUUUGACUUUGCUUUUGAAAGCCUGGACAAAUGCCGAGGCAAAACUGGUGUAGGCCCAGUAGCUUGUGCCGCUCUGGGUGGGGAUUGCGGGAUGAUUCGAACUCUGGCUUCGGCGAGGGCGUCCCUGCACACCCGGACGCGUGCUGACGAAGUGAUGGGCGUUAUGCCUGAAUCCACGCCUUUGCACUUGGCUUGCCAAUUUCGCUCAGGGAAUCUGGAGCCCAUCAUGACUCUCUUGCAACUGAGGGCUGACGUGCAUGCUGCACGAGGUGGGACACCUGCACCGUUGAAUUUCUGCCAAGGGGCAGGUUCUAUUGAGCUCCUUGUGCAACAUGGGGCUUCUGUGAACGCCGCUACAUCCAAGUUGAAGUGGCCGCCUAUCCACACCGCGUGCCAAAUGGGGGCCCCGCCCGAGGCUUUGGCAAAGCUGUUGGAGCUCCGAGCGGACGUGCACGGAAACCCUGGGGGCUCUCCGCCGAUUGCAUUCCUCGCAUUUUGGGGCAACUCCAACCCAAACUUGAUCGAGUCCGCCCAGGUGAUGCUCGACCAUAAGGCGGACGUCAAUUCUGUCUUCGAACCCGAAGGCAUCUGGCGCUCGAUCGAGCUGGCUUGCCGGGCCUACAGCUGUUGUAGCAGAAGACCUCCAGGGAUUGUUCACAUGUUCAGCAACUUUAGCACCAACUCCCUGGGUCUCAGCGCAAUGUACGGCUGUGAGGACUUGACCGUAUUCCUUUUGAAAGCACGGGCAGACACCGAGAUCCGAAAUCACCGGGGCCUGCGACCAGUUGACAUCGCAAAGACCCGCACGGUGAAGCAACUGAUUGCUGAUCCUCCCCAGCACUACCAGUACCUUUCUGACACGGUUCGUGAUGAAAGCAUGUGA